UUUAGGAACCUAUUGGAUUAUACAGUCCUAGUUCUUUUUUUUAAGAAGACAUCUCUUUAUUAUUUGAGUGACGCAGGGUUAGAGGGAACCUCAUUCAUAUGGAUUAAUAUAACUUGUUGACAAAAUGGCAAUCAAACAUAAUCAAAAGAUGACUUGCUAUUCAUUUCCAUCAAUGAAUACAUAAAACAGGAGGAAGAGGAAAAAGCAUCAGACAAAAGGAUACAACUGCCUCCAGAUCUACGGUAGUAGUGAGCAUCAAAGAAAAACAACUGGCAGAAUAAUGAUGGUGAUAGGUAUAAUUUUGUUGUUUUUGCUGCUUGUUCUGUUGAUUCUCUUCUUCCUGAAACAACGCUGGACUCGAAGACAUUUGCCUCCUGGUCCUUUGGCUCUGCCACUCCUUGGGACCUUAUUGGCAACUGGGCUUUGGCUCCGUGAAGAUUACUUCUUUAAGCCUGUUAAACGAUAUGGAAAUAUUUACUCCUUGUGGUACGGGCGACAACUUAUGAUAAUUCUCUCUGGAUUCAAAGCUGUGAAAGAAGGAAUGACCACCUUCCUAGAAGAAUUCUCAGUUCGAGUAGAGACUGCUUUCUUGGAUGAAUUUGGGAAAGGAAGGGGAAUUAUUCUUUCCAAUGGCCACACCUGGAAACAGCAGCGACGUAUUGGCAUCACUUCUCUGCGGAAGCUGGGCCUGGGAAAGAAAAGCAUUGAGCAUCAAAUAGAAGACGUGGCUCAGACAUUGGUGGAGAUCUUUAGACAAACAAAAGGGCAGCCAUUUGACCCUUCGUUUUCAGUACUAAAUGCAAUUUCUAAUGUCAUAUGCGCUUUGAGCUUUGGACGUCCAUUUGAUCUUGAAGAUGAAAAUUUCCAGAAGCUGGUUCAAGCCCUUACAAUUAUUUUGGAUUUUAUUGGUGACUCUUUUCAUGUGAUGUAUGAUUUGUUUCCACAAUUAAUGAAGUACCUCCCAGGCCCUCACAAGAAAACCCUGGCUUCUGUGGAUAUUAUCCAUGCAUUUGCAAAGCAGGAAAUAGAGAAACACAAGGAAUCCCACUGUCUGCAUGAGCCACAAGAUUUCAUUGAUUACUAUCUUCUUCAGAUGGAGAAGAGCAGGAAUGACCCCGACUCUACCUACAGUGACGAGAACCUGGCUCAGUGUAUUUUUGAUUUCUUUACUGCUGGAACAGACACAACCUAUACUACUAUGAUGUGGGUACUGCUCCUCCUGACAAAUCGUCCCGACACCCAAGAGAAAGUCCAGAAAGAGAUUGAAGAUGUGUUUGGUUCCUCGGGCUCAAUUUCCUACCAGGAUCGGAAGAAAGUGCCCUACACCAAUGCCGUGAUUCAUGAAAUGCAGCGUUUAAAAUAUGUCUUGCUAUACGGAGUUCCCAGGCAAAGCACAAAGGAUGUGAUGAUGAGGGGAUAUCACAUUCCAAAGGGGACCGUUAUUGUCCCAGACUUGCGCUCUGUUCUUCUUGAUCCUGAGCAAUGGGAGACACCUGAAGAAUUCAAUCCAAAUCAUUUUUUAGAUAAGGAUGGGAAGUUCAUUGAACGGGAAGAGUUUCUGCCCUUCGGAAUAGACAGCCAGAUGGAGCAAGCAAAGAAUAAGAAGAAUAGGUGUGUGAUCAGUGAAAAUGGAAUUCUUAUAGAUUAUGUCCAUACCUCCUUCCUCUACUCCAGCUGUAGCCUGAUGCACUGUAAAAGAAGUUGCUGGACAGAAGGUCUACGUGCCUGUGCGGGACAGCAGCUGGCAAGAAUUGAGAUCUUCAUCCUUCUGACCAGCCUGUUGAGGGCCUUCAACUUCCGGUUGCCUGAAGGAGUGAAAGAACUCAAUGAAGAACCUGUUGCAAAGAUAUCAAUGCACCCAUACCCUUACAAACUGUGUGCUAUUCCCACAAAGGCUUAAACUUUAAAAACACCAUAAAAAGUUUAAACUGUUUCCUAUAUGCCUCUUGGCUUAAUUUAUUCUUUUUCUUUCAUUUAUUGUACUUUAAAACUUUUUCAGCUUAUUGCUGGGUUCACAAACUUACCUAACCAUGUCAACCAGGAAGUCACGUCUGAAUGAUAUGCUAAGUAAGUUUGUUACAUUUUAGCUUAGUUUUCUUUUGGGUGCCAAUAAAUGUCAGCUUUGGAAGCCAUAUUAGGCCAGAAGCUUCCAUGCUGCCACAUUCUCAUGUGUGGGAAAGUAGGAGGGGGGAUUUAGUAAAGGGGUUGUCUGUAGACAUAAUAGCAUUCUUCCUGUCGAUCAAGGUCAGGCCGAUCCUGCAUCUGGAGAAGGAGUGGUCGGAGUGAUGUUUCGAGAUGGGACGGUGGUUGAUUGGAGCAUGUGAUCGACUGAGGAGUGAGGGGAUGGUUUUGGGGGUUUUGAUUUACUGAGGGAAAAACCGGAACUCUCAGAUUCGGGUUUUUCCAGAUGUGCCAGUUUACCUAUUCUAGUAAAUAGAACUUUGAAAAAUGCUUCCUUCAGAGUCUUUACUUGGAGUUGGGUUUUUUUUCUGGAAUGCUGACAAUAAACUCAUUACUUUCCAUUUA